GCCCUCCUCACUGCUCCCUCCUCCCCAUGAUCUCACUCGUACUUUAGCGCAAAGUCUCCGACCGGCCAUUCAGAUCUGUGCCUUUAUUCAGCGCGGGUGGGUUCGGCCAUGGCGUCCGAGACGAUGGAGAUGAACGGAAACCUGGACAAAGCAAGCGGAGAGGAGGCUCCACGGCCUGCCAGGUAUAGCAGGAUGACGCGUCCUCUCAACAUGAACACCUACGCCAAUAAGAAGAGUGCGGUGGAGAGCAUGCUGGACGUUGCGCUGCUAAUGGCUAACGCUUCUCAGCUAAAGGCCGUGCUAGAGCAGGGUCCAUCCUUGAGCUUCUACACUGGACUCAUCGCCUUCAUCAGCAUCUCCCUCAUCCUGCAGGUCGUGGUGGGAAUCCUGCUCAUAUUCAUAGUGAAGUGGGACCUGAAUGAUGAAAGUAAACACUACCAGCUGAACCUUCUGGAAAACAUCAGCACAGCCCUCGUCUUCAUCAUCGUCGUAGUAAACGUCAUGAUCACGGCGUUCGGCGUACAGAAACCGAACACUGGGGCGUAGCCGCCGUGACAACCGACAUGCCUCCAGCCUCUCUUCAGAACUCCAGAGCCACCAAGUCUGAAAGAACCCCAGCUAGGAAGCUUUCUCCAACAAACCUGCUAAACCUUCAGCAUGAGCAGCAGGCUGUGAAUGCAUGCAGUGACGGAGACGCAGCACUUCCUAAUAACUGGUUUAAAUUUCUCAUGUUUGAUAUGACAAGUCUGUGUUGAGGAUAUUUGAAUAUCUUACAUUAUGCAAAUGAAGACAAAUGAAGCACAUUUCCACUGUUUUUUUAAACCACAUUCAUUGAAGCCCAGCUGUCAGUUCUCUCUUUCACCCAGUCUACUACUGCCAGUAUUUUAGGUGCAAUAAACUGCGCAUUCAAAGAGGAAUUCCUCUAAAUGUAUGCUUAAUUAAAUGGCUGAGAUAGAAAAGAAGUCAUUCAAAGUGGCUUUCUGUUUUAGAGAAACUUCCUGAGUCAGAAUUGUUCACAGUGGCGGUGAUAGGAACCAGACGUCCACCUCUAAAAGCUCCCUCACAGAAAGUUACUACAUUAAACAGUUAGAAAUGCACUGCCUGAUGAUUUAUGAUGUGUUUUGAGAGUCUAAGACUUAUUUUUGAAAUACAUGCACAGUAGAGAGAUACAUAUAGGCCAGGGGUCCCAACCCAAAUGUUAAGAAGAGCCAUUUUGGAGGAUUAUUUUAUUUUUACCUACAAAUCUAAUUCUGCUGUUGCUGACCUCUGAUAUAGGGCACUGUGAGGCAAAAUAGUUAGAUUUAAGUUUUAGAUUUAACAUUAUUUUACCACAAGAUUACAUGAUGGCAAACAAUACAAAAUGUCUAUAUUUGUGUUGUAGUCAUGGCGACCCCUGGUUCCUAUCACCACCACUGCAAAGACAUCUGAACCAUUUCACACCAAACUACUCUGAAUGACUCUGUUUAAACCACAACCAGUGACAUCUGUUUUUAAGAUCGGUGGAAUUCACCUUUAAAGAAAAAGGCAAAUGAUUACUGUAUGUAUGUUUUAUGUAUUAUUAUUUGAGCUUAUGCUGCUCACAGAGAGCUUCCAUCCUGCAGACGUUAUUUCAGCCUUCGAAGAGUGAAGAUAAUUUUUUAAUUUUUUUAGGAAUAUUUGAAUAUUAGAGAUAUGUUUGAGUUGCAAAUAGCCUCUGCAGGACGUUGGCCAUGAGCAGGACUGGACUGUCUAUCUUGCUGAUUCUUUUAUUUUUAUAAACUCAAUACAUCCAAACCAAAGUGUGAGUUUGCAUCAAGGAGCCUUGGUGAAGAAUGAAGAUGCUUUCCUGACUGUAGUACAUCUUUUAGACUGAGUCUUCAAAGUCUGAUAUUUCAGAAGCAUGAUAAGAUCAAGACAGCAGAAAUGUAAAAGGACUUUUGUGGUCAGAAAACAGUCAAAGGCCUUUAAGCCUUAAGGUAGAGUGCCCUCUACUGGUCAAGAGCUUUAUCGACGAUCACGAAUAAGCAUUAAAAAGUCUGUUGCCUUUA